UGAUAAUUAUCUUUCCUCCACUACCUUCUCUACGAGCUUUCUGGAUAUUGACAAACUCAUUCAAAUUGUAACUGAGCUGCGGGCAAGCUCCAGCUUCGAACUGUUUGGUUUGGGCUGUCCGGGCAAGGAGGAUGCGGCUGCCUCCCUGGCAGCCCUUGCUGCUUGGUGUUUUCUUCAUAGGCGGAGAGUUUUUCCACCGCCGCUUGCUGCUCACCUAUUGGACCCUCCACUGCAGGGAAGACGGCGCCCUACUCCAUCUCCUCUCAUUCCUUCGAUGUCCUCUGUGUCGGCAGACAAAGGAUCGGCAGCGCUGCAUCCACAUCACCCGCUCGACCAUCAUCUUCGCCACCUGCAGCUACCGCAUCACCAUCUUCACCUCCGGAUCAACCAUCUAUAGCCGCUCCGCAGCCAGAGGAGGAGCUCAGCGAGCGGGGGGAGCCCGCGUCGCAGCCGGAGGAGGAGCUCAGCGAGCGGGGGGAGCCCGCGUCGCAGCCGGAGGAGGAGCUCAGCGAGCGGGGGGAGCCCGCGUCGCAGCCGGAGGAGGAGCUCAGCGAGCGGGGGGAGCCCGCGUCGCCAGCUGUGGAGCGCGUCGCAGCCGGAGGAGGAGCUCAGCGAGCGGGGGGAGCCCGCGUCGCCAGCUGUGGAGCGCGUCGCAGCCGGAGGAGGAGCUCAGCGAGCGGGGGGAGCCCGCCUCGCCGACUGUGGAGCUCAGCGAGCCGGGGGAGCUCAGCGAGCCGGGGGAGCUCAGCGAGCGGGGGGAGCCCGCGUCGCAGCCGGAGGAGGAGCUCAGCGAGCAGGAGGAGCCCGCCUCGCCGACUGUGGAGCUCAGCGAGCGGGAGGAGCCCGCCUCGCCGACUGUGGAGCUCAGCGAGCCGGCGGAGCUCAGCGAGCGGAGGGAGCCCGCACCACCUGAGGAGGAGCUCUGUGAGCCGGAGCCGGAAUUCGGCGAGCGGGAGGAGCGGCUACCGUCAAGAGAGGGGCCCGGCGGGCCGGAGAAGCGCGCACCGCCUGAGCUGGAGCUGCAGGGGCCGGAGCUGCAGCAGAGGCGAGCAGGAGCUCGGCGAGCAAGAGGAGUGCCCGCCAUCGAGAGAGGGGCUCGGCAGGCCGGAGGAGCGCGCACAGCCAUCGGAGGUCGGCGGGCGGGAGGAAUCCGAUCAGUCUACGCGGGGGGUCAGUGUGCAGGGUCCACGUCCAGCGCGCCCUCCACGCCGUCCACGUCCAGCGCGCCCUCCACGCCGUCCACGUCCAGCGCGCCGGGCGUCAUGGGCUGUUCUACUCUGUCGCCCGCCAGAGCUGCAACACUGCUGCUACCGGAUCCGUGGCCGCCCGCCGGAGCUGCAGCGCCGCAACCACUGGACGCCUGGCAGGCCACCAGAGAUGCAGCACCGCCGCCACUGGAUCAGUGGCAGGCCCCCAGAACUGUUUCGUCGCUGCUGCUGGACCCAUGGCCGUCCGCCGGAGAUCCAGCGUUUCCACCGAUGGACUGA